AUGAUGGCGACUGUACAGACUCCCCAAACCGGGGCGCCUGGGGUCAGUAAUGUCGUCGAGUUCGAAUCUGUCUCCAUCACGCCCCCUCGGAGCGUCGACGGGAAAAAGGAUGCGCCUGAAGGCGUGCCCACGGAAUUGUCAGAUCUUGAGCUCGACCCCAAGUUUACUUCAACACCUGAAGACCCAGAAAUCAAGCGAGAGCCGUCCGAAGAGGCUCAGGUGGUUGAGGACAUCGAACCGGACCAUUAUUAUGGCGGUGGGAAGAUCCCCGUCUUUAAACCAACAAUGGACCAGUUCCAAGACUUCCAGCUCUUCAUUAAGAAGAUUGACAAAUAUGGCAUGCAGGCGGGCAUAGUGAAAGUGAUUCCUCCUAAGGAAUGGUCGGAAUCUCUGCCUCCCCUCGAUGAUGCGAUCAAGACGAUCCGCGUCAAGAACCCUAUCGUACAGGAAUUCCAUGGAUCACACGGUACCUACACUCAGGCCAACAUCGAGCGACAACGCAGCUAUAACCUUCCUCAGUGGAAGGGGCUUUGCGAAGAAAGCAGCCAUCAACCGCCCGCCCGCCGUGGGGAGCGUCGGCGCAACCAAGAACGUGUCAAUAGGGCGGCGCCCACGCCACGCCCUCAGGUACCUCGCCCAGAGGGUCAAAAGCGCCGUCCUGGUCGGCCCCCUAAACGUGGCAACCAGGUCAAAGUUAAGGAGGAACCGACCGAGGAGACUUCGGAAAAGACUCGACUUGAAGGGCCACCAACGCCUGUUUCGCCUGAAUCGCUCCCCGUUGAGGCCAAAGCCGAGGAGCUGAGCGAUGGCGAGUCUCUUCCAGCGAACAAGCCUAAGGGACGCCAACCAAAAUCAGUCACUGCUCGGCGGAAGAAUAACCGUGGAGACACAGUCGAGCACCUGGAUGAAGAGAUGUUCAAGAAUUUUGAUUACCGUAUUCACGACAACGAAGAUUACACCGCAGAGAGAUGCGAGGAAUUGGAAACAGCAUACUGGAAGUCUCUCAUGUUCAACAACCCCAUGUAUGGUGCCGAUAUGCCGGGCUCACUCUUCGAUGAUUCAACGACCUCAUGGAACGUGGCCAAGUUGCCCAAUCUGCUGGAUGUGAUCGGACAGAAAGUGCCUGGUGUCAACACGGCGUAUCUGUAUCUGGGAAUGUGGAAGGCAACGUUUGCGUGGCAUCUGGAAGACGUGGAUCUUUACAGUAUCAACUACAUUCACUUCGGCGCACCGAAGCAGUGGUACAGCAUCUCACAAGAAGAUGCCCCCAAGUUCGAGGCGGCCAUGCGCAGUAUUUGGUCUAGCGACGCGAAGAAUUGCGACCAGUUCCUUCGCCACAAGACCUACUUGGUUUCUCCCAGCCUGCUAAAAUCGCAGUUUGGGAUUACGGUGAAUCGCCUUGUCCAUUAUGAAGGCGAGUUUGUUAUCACUUUUCCGUAUGGCUAUCAUUCAGGCUACAAUGUCGGCUACAAUUGUGCCGAGUCUGUGAACUUUGCGACCGAGCGCUGGUUAGACUACGGCCGAAUUGCCAAAAAGUGCAAUUGCGAGGCUGACAGUGUGUGGAUUGAUGUGGAUGACAUUGAGCGCAAACUUCGCGGAGAGGCUACGCCCGAGUAUUACGGCGAGUAUGAUAGUGAGAUGGAAGGGGUUGAAUACGCCUCCGACAUGCUUACACCGCCACACAGCGUUCCCGAGAAGACGGCUGGUCGUGGACGGAAACGAAAAAAUGUGGCAGACGGCCCGCGUGCCAAAAGAGCCAAAGGCCACUCGGAAGAUCCGCGACAGACUCCGUGUCUACUGUGCCCGAACAAUCUUGACUACGAGGAUCUGUUGCCGACGGAAGACGGCAAUGGCCAUGCCCACCGUCGAUGUGCUCUGUUCAUUGAAGAGACCUCCAUCCUUCGGGAUGCGUCUGGCAAAGAAGUCGUGUGCGACAUUGACAAGAUUCCCAAAGCUCGCCUUGGGCUGAAGUGUCUUUUCUGCCGUGAAGUUCGGGGUGCCUGCUUCCAGUGUAAUUUUGGCAAAUGCACACGGGCCUAUCAUGCAACCUGCGCACUUCUUGCUGGCGUUCAGGUCGAACAGGGCGCGAUUGCGGUCAUUGUCGAUGAUGGCCAGCAAUACUCAUUGCCGAGCGUUGACCUGAAGUGUAAAUUCCACCGUCAAAAACGACCCACGGGCUUGCUGGCAGAAUCGUCCGACCUGGAUCGACGAGUGAUUGAAGCUGCGGGUCGUCUGGUGCAAGGGGAUUUGAUCCAAUUCCAAGCCGACAAAGAGAUCAACGGAGCCAUUGUGCUAGAGAACCGACCACACGAGCGCAGUCUACUGCUCAAAGUUUUGCCACGAGGAGAUGUGAUCGAGAUGCCUUACCGCUGGAUGCUGGUCGUCCGAAAGAGUAACUUUGUGCCCCUCGCACCGGGCAUUCAACCCCUUCCGGCCCACUUGGCGCGAAAGCCCGAUUCAAGAAAGGAAUUGGAGGCUGCCAUUCCCGUUGCAGGAAGCGCAUUCGGCGACGCGCGAUCUCCCUAUCAAUGGGCCGAAUUUGAGACGGUGGAUGGCACUAGGACUCAGUUUGCCCCACCCGUCCGAGUGAACUUGGACAAAAGUGAGCAGGUGUGGCAUUACUUGGGCGCGCAAUCCACCGAGAGUAGGGCACAGUAUACGCACAACCCUACCGUGCUCGUCCACAACCCGCGGGCCAAUUUCCUCGACAGCAUCAAGUCGCUUGGCGUGGCUGGUGGUGUUGAUGCCCGUGCAUCGAAGAUCACCGACCCCCACCGCCGUUCGUUCCAUUACGCUCCCACCGCUCCUACCGCUCCUGCCCCUCUCAUCAAACAAAUUUCUCACGCCCAACACCGACCGUCACUGCAAAACAAUCAAUAUCUACGCCCGCCAACCCUGAAUGCUGCCGCUGCUGCUGCCAGUCUUGCAGCCCCUACCUCCAAGUCGUGUUCCGCCGCCGCCUCUACCUCCGCCAACCCCUCCAACUUCUCUUCGUCGCUGUCCCGACCGCCUACGUCUGCGACCGCCUCUGCCUCUCCCGCAUCUUCCUUGCAGCACCUUGCCCCUCCCCCUCCUUCUGCACCUGCCCUUGCUGCUCCUAACGGUGCUGCUGCUGCUGGACUUGCGAUGCCGUCGGCCUUUCGAACUCUGCCGAAUCAAUCUGCCCGUCAUGCCCCCUAUCCCACGGUCGCCAAGUCGCAUGCUCAGCAGCAGCACCACCUCACCUCCACCAAUACCUUUGCCAAUGUUCGCGACCUCAUUGCCCGCCGCCGUCUCGCCCAAAUCACCGAGCAUGCCAAUGUCUUCGCCGGCUACACCAUCGUCAGCCCCGAGUUAGUGGUGGAAACCCUCUUGGGCCCCAUGGGAUCGAUUCCUCCGCUCAAUGGACUCGAAAAACUCGAGCUCGCAAUGGCCCAACAGCGGUGCAGCCUCGAGCUGCGGAUGGAACGUUACUGCCACCCCAAACCCUGA